CAGCAAAAAUUUUCUUCCAUAGAUGCAAAUCUCUAUCAUUGUUUUCUCUACAUUUAUUACAUCUGUAGACUAUAAAAGUAUUUGCACUACUGCGCUAUCGAUAUGGCUGUUAGGCCUAAAAUUCGACCAUCAAAUGGUAUUGCUGAAGAAGAGUCUGAAGAGUUAUUCUGUGGUUAUGUUAUGCAUCAGCAGAAAUCAUUUAGUCCAAAGAUGCGCUGGGGACAAUUGUGGACAAGCAAAGCAGAUAAUGGUUUAAUGAAAUGUGACAUCAGACUUUUUAAAUAUGACAUAGUGAGUCCGAAGCCUGGGACAUUUACAAAGAAAGACCUCCGACUAAAAUUGAGUUUUCAAUUCACAGAGGAAGAAUUUUGUGGACUUGAAAAAGGGGAACAUUAUAUGAAAGGUGGAAUGAGAAGAUACAUAUGUGUAAUACUUAAAGACAAGCAUUUAAUUGUUCAAGAUGCUAUCACUGCUAUGACAGAUACCGACCAUAAUGUUCUUGGCACCUGGUACAGCAAAAUAACUGAAGCUAUGCAUUACAUGAGUAGAUGGCAGAUAUUUCAAAGUGAAAAGGAAACUGGCGAUAUGAGAUAUUUCAUGCAAGUCGUGUAAACUUAUGUGAGUGUUUCAGCUUGCAUAAUUCACAUGCUGGUCGGAAAGGGAAAAUACUUCUGGAUAAGUUAUUUAAAACGGAUUCUAUUGCCAUUGUAGAUGAAGUACAGGAAGUUCAUAAUAAUGGUGUUCAAUGCUCCAGGGUAACUUUUUAUGAUAAAAAUUACAGUGUUGACGUGAAGAUAUCUGUAGUCGUCCAUGGUAUGAUGAAAUUAUCUGAAAUAUUGACAAAUCUAAGUCGGGGACGUCAACCUGAAAGACCCACUUUAUGUUCAAGAUUUGAUGAUCUAAAUGGUAAUCCUAAUCUUGUAAGGAUACCUCCUGAACGGAAAAAACGACCUGCCAGCAAGAAGUUUACGAGAUCUUUCCGGUUCUGAAAGAAAUGGUUUGAACAACAUUUAUAUUUCACAAGAUGAACCUGAUAUGAGGCUUUCUGGAGAUUUAGCUGCCGGUUCUUCUCACGCCAUGCCUAAUGUUUCACAGCGAUCACCACAAUCAAUGCAGUUUAGGUUUAAUCGAGUCCAUAACCCAUCGUAUGAACUUCCUA